AGAACUACUUGGACCAUGAAGGUUUUAAAUCAAGCUGUUUUGCUGCAGCUGCUGUCAGUCCUCCUCCUCCUCGCAGUUCCUCUAUUGGCCAGCUGCUCAGAUCUCGUCCUCCCUCUGGACUGCAGCGACAUCCGUUACCAUGACAACCGCCGACCCAGCGGAGUGUACACCAUCUAUCCCAUCGGAGCCACGUCUGCUGUCCAGGUGUUCUGUGACAUGGACUCUCUAGAAGGACGGUGGACGGUGUUCCAGAGGAGGAUGGACGGCUCGGUGAACUUCUACAGACCCUGGGAUCAGUACAAGAUGGGCUUUGGGAGCGCUGCUGGAGAGUACUGGCUCGGUUUGGAGAGUCUCUUCCACCUCACCCAGAGGAAAAAGUACGAGCUGCUGGUGGACAUGGAGGAUUUUGAAGGAAACAAGGUGUUUGCUCGUUACUCCUCGUUCUCCAUCGACUCCGAGUCUGACGGAUACAAACUGCAUGUGUCUGGAUUCACUGAUGGAGGAGCAGGAGACUCUCUGACUGGUCACAAUGAGCAGAAGUUCACCACCUUGGACAAAGACCAGGACAUCUGGGAGAACAACUGUGCUAGGUCCUUCCUGGGAGGCUUCUGGUACGGGAAGUGUCACUCUGCAAACCCGACCGGGAUCUAUCGCUGGGGACAGGACGGUACUCUCUAUGCUGUUGGAGUGAGCUGGUCAAGCUGGAAGGGCAAUGACUACUCCAUGAAGACCAUCAGCAUGAAGAUCCGUCCUGUGCAAUAAACCUUCAGAACAUCACAGGAUCACCUGUCCAGGAACUCCAGACAUUUCCAAAACUGAAUUGCAACAAGGAAUGUGUUUUUUCUAGUGGUGGGCAAUGAUUAAAAUUUUUAGUAGCAAUUAAUCGCAUGAAAUAUUGUGAUUAAUCACGAUUAAUUGCGUGAAAUAUUCCGAAUAAUCAUGAUUAAUCACAUUGUUAGGUGCAAAGUAUCCUUUUCCUCUAAAAGCAGAACUACUGCUACAUGAAGGAAAUGCAUUAAAUUUUGGUUUACAAACAAUAAAUCAGGGGUGUUUAACUUGCGGCCCUGGAGCAGCAAGUUGGUCUCUGGAUCUUCCACAAUGGGUCUUAAUACAUGGCUAACAAUGCCAACGAACCAACUAAUGUUUCUAAAUAUAGCUAUAAUAACAAGUGCAGGGUUUUAACAAUUUUUCAUGUAUUUCCAUUGUUGUAGAAAAAU